AUGGCUAUGGAACGUGUCAAGCAGCUUGUAUCACACAUGUCACCGGGAUCGUCGAAGGGCGUUGCUGCGCUGGAGCGUAAGAGCCCGGACGAUGUGGUCAUCACGCUGGCCAUCCGGUCGCCCCUUUGCAAAGCCAAGGGCGGAGGAUUCAUAACGGAUGAACUCAUGCUCGAGAUGUUCAAGCAAGCAAUCGCGCAGUCAGGGAUAGACCCCGCGCUGGUUGGGGACAUCACGGUGGGCAAUGUCCUCUCUCCAGGGGCAUUGUACGAGGCCCGUGUUGCGGCACUGGCGGCGGGCUUCCCUGAGACGGUGCCCGUGCAAACUGUCAACCGCUUCUGCUCGUCGGGCCUGAUGGCUGUCACCGACAUUGCGAACAAGGUCCGCGUUGGGCAGAUUGAGGUUGGACUGGCAAUUGGGAUCGAGAGCAUGUCGCAGAAUGAGGACAAGGGAGCCCCUACGAUCAGUGACUCAAUUAAGGCCAACCCUACUGCAUGCGACUGCGCCAUGCCGAUGGGCUGGACCUCCGAGAAUGUCGCUGGUGAUUUCCAUAUCAACCGUGAAGACAUGGACGAGUGGGCCACCCUAUCAUUCCAGCGUGCCGAACACGCGGACAGGUCUGGCUACUUCAAAAACGAAAUUGUACCAAUCACUGCCUAUGAGAAGCCAGAUGAGACUGGGAAGCGUGCCGUGAAGGUUGUGUCGAAAGAUGACGGUAUUCGUUAUGGGACGACCAAAGAUAAACUGCUUAAGGUCAGGGCUGCAUUCCCGCAAUGGAAGCCCUCGCAGACCACUGGGGGGAAUGCGAGUCAAAUCACCGACGGUGCAGCCGCAGUGUUGAUCAUGACCCGACGGAAAGCGGAAGAGCUAGGCCUCAGGGUGCUUGCCAAACAUAUUGCAACCGCUGUUGCAGGGGUUCCUCCGCGCGUCAUGGGCAUCGGUCCGACUUAUGCGAUUCCGAUGGUCCUGGAGCAUGUCGGCAUAACUCAAGACGAUGUAGACAUUUUUGAAGUCGCGACUGGGCUGAACGAGCUAGCCAGACGGAAUGGCAAGAUUCUGGUGACAUCGAUGUGCAUCGGGACGGGUAUGGGUGCUGCUGCUGUCUUUGUGCGGGACUGA